AACAAAAAGAGAGUGAAUGUGACUCAUGCCAGCGUGGACGAGAAGAGCCAGUCUCCAAAUCCAGUCACCCUUUUCUGGGGUCAUCUCCUAAGCCUGAGGGUGUCGUUGGGAAGCAGAAUCUCAGGUCGUCUCUUUCAGAACACUCGAGUCGGCCUGACAGUGUCCCGUCUCCAUACCCUGGAGAGCAGUCAGGGGGCGAAGACAGCCCCAGGUCCUUGUCAUCCUCGGAUUUGGAGUCGGGAAAUGAGAGUGAGUGGACCAAGGACUGCGUGGCUACCAGAGUCCGCUUUCCCACAGUGUCCUCACGGCCAAGAGACCCUCUUGAUAUUCUUACCAAGAUUUUUCCAAGCUACAGGCGUAGCCAGCUAGACGGCAUUCUGCAGUUCUGCAAAGGAGAUGUGGUCCAAGCCAUUGAACAGGUCUUAAGUGGGAAAGAGCACGAGCCAGACGCUGGGGACCUGGUACACUCGGAAGAUUUGGAAAAUGCAGCCUUUCGGAGAGCUUCGAAUUUCAGUCUGGCUGGAAUCGGUUUUGGAACUCUUGGUAACAAAUCAGCUUUUUCUCCUCUUCAGACCACACCCGUUUCUUACAAAGGUGACUCAAGUCUCUACAGCUUACAUCCUAGACUAGCUAUUAGUCCAUUGCGGUUGGCAUAUUCUCCAGGAAGAGGGCUAACAGGUUUUAUGUCGCCGUACCUGACCCCUGGGUUGGUUCCAGCAUUGCCUUUUCGGCCAGCUUUGGAUUAUGCCUUUUCAGAGAUUAUUAGGGAGUCGUCCUACCUUCCUCCCAGUAAAAACUCGCUAACUGGCUGUAGACCACUUAGCAGACCCACUCAGGGCAACGUGUGAUGUAUCUGCCCAUUUUCCGUUUCAUUAGUGUUUCUAGAAUCGUACAAUGCACACCACACAUCUCGUAAUAUAUGUCAGAAAGUAUACUUCGCUCGCCUUUGGGAAGUACCCUUUUCCACAUACGUGAGUGAAAUAUUAGGCCUUAAAAAUUCUGUUUCUUUUAACAAGCAAUAUAAAAAACUUUAGGUUUGAAGCUGCUUGCAUUUAUUAAGUGAAAGGAGCAUUUGAACAUUAUAUGUGCCUUGAAUAAAGCUGUUGUAGGAAAAAAUCUUACUUUUUGGCUUAAAUUAUCAUCUAUAAAGUUCCUAUUUUAAAACUAUCCUUUUUAUUUUAGUGCAAAGUGGAGCUUAUAGCUAUAACAAGUUUAUGGUUGUGAAAGAGUAAUCCAGCAUAAUAUAAAAUGAACCAAGAGGAAAAAGUAAAAAUAUGAAGAAAUUCUAAGUAAUGAUUUUCUAAAAUUUUUUCUUUUCUAUUGCUAUUCACA